AUGUCCUUCCACAUCGCUGUCCUAGACGCCGACGUUCCCGUCCCAGCCGUCUACAACGCCCGCGGCCUAUACUCAUCUCAAUUCCGCCAUCUUCUGCAAUCCGCCGCAGCACGACUAUCCGAAGCCGGACAUAAAAUCACCAUCCACACCUCAGCCUACGAUGUCGUAGGCGGAACCUUCCCACCACUGGAGAGUCUGCGCACCACCAAGCGCCCAGAAACCCGUAGCAAUGAAACCUCAACCUCAACCUCAAACCCACUAGCCCAGCCAAUCGACGGCAUCCUCAUCACCGGCGCCGCGGCAGGAGCCUACGACACGUACCCAUGGAUUAAACCCCUGGAAACCUGGAUCCAAAGAGUAUACACUCAAUACCCGCAUGUAAAAUUCUUCGGCUCCUGCUUCGGCCACCAGAUUAUCGCGCAGGCGCUACUUUCCACAUCCGCCCCGCAAUGUGCGCCGGGCCCCGCAAUGAAAGUCGAGCUUUGUCCGGAUGGCCGUGAAACCGGCCUCGUUCCUAUUGACUUGUCGCCGGAGUUUGUGGCGGCGUUUCCGGAGGCACUUGAGAAGCUCCCCGGUGCAGGGAGGCAGAUGCGUCUGCAGAUGAUUCAUGGGGAUUGGGUUGUUCCUGUUGCUGGACCCAAGAAGGAGUUGCCCGCUGGUUGGGUCAAUGUUGGGUCGACGGAGUUGUGUCCGGUUCAGGGGCUGUAUUGUCCUGGCAGGGCUUUGACGUAUCAGGGGCAUUUUGAGUUUGAUGUCUUUGUGAAUCGGGAGACGUGUUUGGCGUUUGGGAGGAGGUUGAAGUGGUCGGAGGAGGAAACUGCGCGUUUUGUUGAAUUGAUUGAGGUAGGGGAGGACGAUGAUUCGAAAGUCGCGGCUGAGGUGGUUGCUAUGUUCUUUUGUGGGUUGAAUGAAUGA